AUAUAAAGGGCAUUUCUGAAGAAACCACGACUGGAGUACAUCACUUAUAUAAAAUGCUCAAGGAAGGAACUUUGAAGGUUCCUGCCAUUAAUGUAAAUGAUUCAGUCACAAAGUCGAAAUUCGAUAACCUUUACGGGUGUCGUGAGUCUCUUAUUGAUGGCAUCAAACGAGCAACUGAUGUACAAAUUGCAGGCAAAGUUGCAGUUGUUGCUGGUUAUGGUGAUGUCGGUAAAGGUUGUUCGGCGGCUCUUCGCGGUAUGGGAGCCCGCGUUAUCAUAACUGAGAUUGACCCUAUCAAUGCUCUUCAAGCAGCUAUGGAAGGUUUCGAGGUAACAACUAUGGAAGAAGCAUGUUCGAAAGGAAAUAUUUUUGUGACGGCUACUGGUAACCGCGAUAUUAUCUUAGGCAGACAUUUUGAACAAAUGAAGGACGAUUCGAUUGUUUGCAAUAUUGGGCAUUUUGAUAUUGAAAUUGAUGUCGCUUGGCUCAAGCAAAACGCUAUUGCUCACGUGAAUAUUAAGCCCCAAGUCGAUCGUUAUACCCUGAAAAGUGGUCGACGUAUCAUCCUUCUUGCCGAAGGAAGAUUGGUUAAUCUUGGUUGUGCAACUGGGCAUCCAAGUUUUGUAAUGAGUAAUUCAUUCACGAAUCAAGCACUCGCUCAAAUUGCUCUUUGGACAGACGCUUCAUCCUAUCCGCUUGGUGUUCACAUGCUACCUAAGAAACUCGAUGAAGAAGUUGCAGCAGCACAUCUCGAAAAGCUGGGUGUAAAACUUACUAAGCUUACUCCAAAUCAAUCUGAGUAUUUGGGCAUUAAUCAAGAUGGUCCAUUUAAAUCAGAGCAUUAUCGGUAUGAAAAUGUUUAUUUUAUUAAUUUACCUUUAUAA